AUGGACAGCAUUCUAGCUGUAAAAGCCAAGACAGCCAGCUCCUAUGAAAGCAAACAAAAUUCCCAGAUCCAGGGAAGAAGUCAGUCCACCACAAUCAACGUUGCAAAGCUCGAGAAUCAUCAACGGGGGGUGAAGCCAAUCCCAACCCCUCGACCCAACAAGACCGACGUCCGCCACCCCAACAUGACUAUUCAAUUCCCAAUCAUGUCCUUGGACUAUUUCCAGCCAAGCCCGGCCAAGAGAUUCGUCAGUCUAACAAAACACCCCGGAGUGCUUGGCGGACAAGUCCACAUCUUCACCGAACUCAAGCCGGUCCACCCCGACGAGCUGAUCGGCGAAUGGGAUGGAUACAUCCUAGCCACGGGACACCCUUUUGAAGAGGAACUCGAGACACUCAAUUGGUUCGGUAACACAUUUGAUUCUAUGGACGACGUGGCUCCGCUGAUGGUUGCGCGGCAUGGCGAGCGGGUGCGUUUUGAGGACUGGGGACGUGCAUCGGUGAGUACAAGGUGA